GUGGGGUCACUGGGAACCAAUCACGCCAACGGUGCAUUCCGUCAUUUACGCCAAACCGACUUGGUCUUGGACCCCAGAUUUCCAACUAUCUUUAUUACCUGGGGAGAGAGUCAUGUUAAUUACCAAAGAUCCUCUUCUCUCUUGCUACCAAUUUUCCUUCGGGCUUUUCUUUUUUCUUUUUCCUUUCUUUUCUUUUAAUUUUGACUUGUCUAGUUUCCCUACUCCCCCAUUGAAGCGUCAUGCCGUGAAGAAUCAGCUGCGCUGACCAUCAUCUUCUCCCCCCCUUCCCCGAAGGUAUCAGCGCGAAAUUGGUUCGUCUCGACGAUAGCUACCAGAAGAAUAGCUCCAGCGACCACGGCUCCGACUCGGACCCCGGGUCUGAAUUCGACAAAGACAGAGACAGAGACAAGGAGGACAGUGACGACUGUUACGGCGACGACGACGACGACGACGACGACGACGACAUGCCUUCCACUCUCACGGCUUCCGACCUCUCCGACACAGAGGACUGCCCUUGCCCUCAGACCACCCCCAACCUGGUCCACAACCUGAGGCACGACAGCUCCGUCCUCUGCCUUGCCGUCUGCCACCAAACCGAGUCCGUCUAUGCAGGCACGCACGAUGGCGAGAUCGUGGUCUGGUCCCUCGCCACCUUUCAACAAGUCGGCAAGGUGCAAGCCCACAAACGCAGCGUCCUCAGCCUCUUCCUCACCUCGGACGGCUCCAUGCUCUUCUCCAGCGCCGGCGACCCCAUCAUCAACGCCUGGUGCCCUUCCUCCCUGACCCGGCUCUACGAGAUCUACAGCACUUACGACGUCGGCGACGUCUUUUCUGUUGCGUACAGCAGCCAGCACGACACCCUCUACAUCGGCGCGCAGAACACCUCCAUCCAGUGGGUGAACCUCCAAGACCCCAGGAACCGCACCGUCCACGACUCGUCGACCCAUCCCGACCGGAGGAACCACCGUUUCUUCGACUCCCGGGCCGUCGGCGGCACCUCUACCCCACGCCGUAACGACGAACGAUGGACCCUGAUCCCGCGCGCCGAAAAAGUCGUCGAGAUACCCGCUGGUGCCAUCCAGAUGUUCGCCCACUACGGCUACGUCUAUACCAUGCUCAUAGCCAAGGGAUCUACAGUUCUGGUUGACGAUGACGAAGAAGUGCUCAUCUCCGGGGGAGGCGACGGUACCAUCAAGCUCUGGAGGCUUGGCGGUAGCGGUACCGGUAAUAAUAACAACGAAGGGGAGGACGAGGGUGGCCGGGAUGGUGGCUCGGACGAUCGAGAACCCGGGCUGGACGAACUGAUGGUCCUCGGCACCGACGACGCCGAGUCUGUCAUGUCCCUGGCCAUCGAUGGCUCGUUCCUGUACGCCGGCAAGCUCCGCGGCAUCAUCGAGUUGUGGGAUCUCGACACCCGGUCCAAGCUGCGCGUGAUCAAGAGCCACAAGGGCGACGUUAUGAGUUUGCAGAUGGGCUGGGGGUAUUUGUUCAGCGCUGCUUGUACUGGGACGGCUAGUAAACACAGCACCGUCCACUACGGCGAAUACCAAACCGCCCAGGCCGAACACGUCAGCCAGAAAUACCAGUGCCUGGCCCGCUGGAAAGCACACCAGGGCAAGAUCCUCUCCUCCAUCGCCACCACCUACAACGGAAGGCAAUACUACAUCACCGCCGCCAACGACAAGGACGUCUCCAUCUGGCGCAUCGACAGCCCAUCGGCCGCCCAGCAAGGGGAAGCCGAAGAGACGGAGGACGUCAUGGUCACGGCCCUGCAGGAGUUCGUAUCCUUCAAGACCGUCUCGUCGCGGCCCGAGUUCGCCGAAGACUGCCACCGCGGCGCCACCUUCCUCGGCUCCCUCUUCAAGCGGCUGGGGGGCCAGGUCGACAUGCUGGGCACCUCCAGCAGCCCGUACAACCCCGUGGUGCUGGCGCGGUUCAGCGGCACGCUGCAACAGCAACAACAACAACAACAACAACAACAACAACAACGACAACCCGCGAAGCGCAAGAAGAGGAUUUUGUUCUACGGGCACUACGACGUCGUCCCGGCGGACCAGAGGAAAGGCAGCAAGUGGGCCACCGACCCGUUCCAGAUGAAGGGCGUCAACGGGUACCUGUACGGGCGCGGGGUGAGCGACAACAAGGGCCCCAUCAUGGCAGCGCUGUUCGCGGUGACGGACCUGGUGCAGGCCAAGGGACUGGACAACGACGUGGUGUUCCUGAUCGAGGGCGAGGAGGAGUCGGCGUCGCGCGGGUUCAAGGAGACGGUGCGGCGCCACAAGGACCUGAUCGGCGAGGUCGACUACAUCCUCCUGGCAAACAGCUACUGGCUGGAUGAUGAGGUACCCUGCCUGACCUACGGCCUGCGCGGCGUGCUACACGCCACCGUGUGCGUCGAGUCGCCGCGCCCUGACCUCCACUCGGGCGUCGACGGGUCGCACAUGAACGACGAGCCGCUGUCGGACCUCACAUCAGUACUAUCAAAACUGAAAGGCUCGGGAAACCGGGUGCUGAUCCCGGGGUUCUACGACAACAUCUUCCCGGCCACGGAAGAAGAAGAGGUCCGAUACGACGAGAUUGCGCGGCUCCUGAUGAGGCGGAGGGGCGAGAAGGGCCCCGUGGAGAAGGUCAAGCAGGCGCUGAUGGCGCGGUGGCGCGAGCCCAACUUGACCAUCCACCGGUAUAAGGUGUCCGGGCCAGAGGGGAGCCUGGUGAGCAGCCACGCCAGCGCGCACAUCAGCCUACGUCUGGUGCCGGGGCAGGAGGUCAACGAGGUGGUGACGCAGCUGGCCUCGUACCUAGAGUCCGAGUUUGACAAGCUCGAGUCGGACAACACCAUGACGAUCCAGAUCGACAACAAGGCGGAACCGUGGCUGGGGAAUCCGCAGAACGAGAUUUUCCGGACGCUCGAGGAGGCGGUGAUGAAGGCGUGGGCUCCUGUGUUUCAAGGACGAGAGGGAGAAGCUGGGAAGACCACGACUGACGAGGUCCCCAGGAGACCGUUGUACAUCCGCGAGGGAGGGUCGAUCCCGGCCAUCCGGUUCCUGGAGAAGGAGUUUGGAGCACCGGCUGCCCAUUUACCCUGCGGACAGGCCAGUGAUUCGGCCCAUUUGGAUAACGAAAGGUUGCGGGUGUUGAACUUGAUGAAGAGCCGGGAGAUUUUUGCUACCGUGUUUGCGCAGUUGUAACGGCAUAGUCUGGGAAGCAAGCGGUAACAUUGGUUUGGCCGGUGAUGAACAAAAGGAAAUGCUUGUAAAUAUAGAUACCCAUUACGUGGAAUAGGAGAUAUUUUUCUCUUU